CUGCAGUUGUCAAUUUGUUUGCCAAACAGUUUCAGAGUGUUUUUACAAGACAAUAUUUAAGCCAUAUGGAUGUGCUAAUUCACUGAAAUUCUAACUCUUACACAUGAAAAAUUGGAAUUCAUUGUCCAAAGCUUUUUUGAUACACAUAUAAGUAAGAAUAAUUUUCUCAUGGAAAAUUGCAGUAUGCCUUUGUGAGAUUUCCGCUGCUCUUUAUCAAUUUUGAGAAUCCAAUAUCCUACAAUUUAAUUAUUUUGUUUGGAGGGUAAGUGCUCAAUUUCAAAAAGAUUAUAUUUAUUAUCAAUAACGGUAUCAGUGAAUCGAUUAACAAUAAAUAAUCUAGUAAUAGUGUUCACUUACAUUUUAUUUUCUAAUGAAAAAACAUGUUAUUCAAAAUUUUGUGUGUAAUAGUUUUAAAUUUACCUCGUAAUGCAAAAGGAGUUUUAGGAAUCGUUGGAGGCCAAAAUGCUACAGAUGGAGAAUUUCCUUAUAUGGUGUCUCUGAGAGGUGAAAAUCAACUCCACUAUUGCGGCGGAUCUAUAAUAGGCUCAAAAUGGAUUUUAACUGCUGGUCAUUGCACUUCAUUUGCUGUAUUUAUCCGAUACGGUUCAGUGUUUCUCGAUGAUGGAGGCGGCGAAAAUACUGUCAAAGUGAAAAAUCAAAUUUUACACCCUUUAUGGUACACCGACCUUAUCCCUUACAAUGAUCUUGGACUUUUAGAAUUGGAAGAAGCUCUAAUCUUUGACAACAAUAUUCAACCAAUAAAACUACCAGAAAAUUUCGAAGCUAUACCAUUCAAUGUAACAGCUAUUUUAACUGGUUGGGGUUUUAUGGAAAAUGAUACCCAAACUGACAUUUUGCAAAAAGUUGAUUUAAUUUUAUUUGAUGAUAAUUAUUGCGAUCUAGAGUUGAAUCAAGAUGGCAACUUUUUCAAUUCUUCAUUGAAUACUUGCGCUGGUGAUUGGGAACAUGAAAAAGGACAAUGUACGAUGGAUUCUGGUGGUCCAUUAACAAUAAACGGAACACAAUGGGGUAUAGUAUCAUGGUCCUACAAGCCAUGCGGGAUUCUUCCAGGUGCCUUCACUCGCCUAGCAAAUUCAAACUAUAGAGAAUGGAUUCGAAAUGUAACUGGAAUAUAAACAAAAAAAUAAAAUUUCGUAUAAAAACAACUAUUUUAUUAUUUCCUUAUUUACAUAAAUAUUAUAUUUAUUUUACAAGAGACAUAGCAUCAAAUAUAAUUUUUUGAUAUUACUAAACUUUUAAUGGAUAAAAAGACAAACACUUGGGGAGUUUGAGAAAUUUUUUUUUUGUUUUAUCACAUUUCCAAAAAAGUUUUCAACAACUGGUAGAAACUUUACUUUUUUUUUAUCUGCUUUUACCUCGACAAUAAUGGUUUAUAAAAAUACCGCGCGUUUUUCAUUCACGACAGAAAAAAAUAAUUCAAUGUUAUAAUGAGAUCUGCACAAGUAUAUAAUGUAGUUUAAUAUUUAUAGAUAUUUUUGUUACAAAUUAUUGUUUCGACAAUUGUUUGAUAAUAUACAAUAAGAUAAAUCUUUGUUUUUUUUUGUUCAAUAAUACAAUACAUAAUAAUAAUAAUUAUACAUUUUUACAGUGGUCAAGUGAUUAGGGACAAAAUGUCACGGGUUCUAUAAUCUGGAUUACUUUUGUGCUCCCAGGAAAACAACUUCUUGGGUUUCUUUCAAAGAAAAAGGAAGUCACUGAGGUAUUUUAUUGAUUAUUAUUAAAUUCUUUAGCAAAUUGUUAGCAAAAUAUAGCGGAAGAAUUCCUCGAGGAACAAGAAAAGAAAAAGAAAAACAAAAACCCAAAACCAAGUUCUGAAUUAUUAGCAACCCAAAAAAAGGAGAUGUUUCUUAGUACAUAAAUGAUAAAUAUUUAAAAAUAAUAACCUCAUUUGACCACUGCCUUUGUUCAAAUAUAUUUAAUAUUCUAUCUUAAGUAUUACAAUUUGAGAAUUUUCAAUAUUUUUGGUCUAAGAAUUACUGACUGUUGACCGCAUUUACAAAUAAAUGCCUUCAAAAGUCAAUAUUUUUAUUAUUAUUUGUUAAUUUUCCUCCCAUAUAAACUUAACUAAAAAGAAAAAAAUAAUAUGUAUGUAUUUGGAUAUUUGGUGCAUCAAUGGCAAAUGGUACAAUUGUGUGAUCAAUUGAAAAAAUAAUUCUACCUAUUGUAAAAAAUUGGCAAUGAUUGUAACAUUUACUUUUUUUAACAAUUUCUUAAAAAAAAAAACACCUAACAAUUUUUUAAUACUUACAAUUACAAAGAAAAUAUUCAUUAUUGGAAUUUCGUAAAAGAAAAUCAGCCUUUUCUCAAAGGAAAGCUAAAAAAAUUAUCAAUAUCUUACAUCUUUUUUAAACAAAACAAUUUCAUCAAGUUUAUAAAAUUAUUACUAAAAAACCUAUAGGUGACUAUUUAAAUAAAAUGGGCUGAAAGCUCUUUUGUAAAACUGUUUCUCCAUCAAAAAAUAACUUUUACAAAAGAACUAGGCCCAAUUUUCACCCGCUUUUUACCAUCAAAUAAGUUUGAAAAAUAGAAAAACGUCCACAAAUGCGUUUAAUCACAGAGCACAAAUUGGCCAACCAACCAUUUGGCCAUUUCAAAAUUUUCACUCCUGUCACUCAUAGUUCAGACUAAAAGUUCUAUUGCUCACAAUAAAUGGAAUCAGAGACAGUUUCGUCCGACGGCCUGACAAUUACUUCGGGACUGGACACUCUUGUACGAGAAUUAUUGGGAAGCUGUAAUUGUUCUGUGGCAUUGGAGCUGGUCUGAUCAAAAUUUAGAGUUACGUUAGCCAACAUUGGAGUGCCCGGGUAAUCAGGGGGCGGCGACACCCUAGGGGGAGCUGCCGAUUCAUUUGCUCCUCCCUC